AUGCAAAUCGACGGCGAACAGCGCGGGGAGCCAGCGCUGGCGGAAGGGUCGGGGGAAAGCGUUUCUACGCACGCAGCUAAGCCUCCGCAGCAGAGACCAGCGGGCAGGGGGAGAGAGUGGCGGAAAGGUCUGAAGAGUUUGUUCGGGUCAAAUUCGGUCAAGCGGAGAGGGGAAGUGGAGGAGGGGUGCAGUGUCAGAGGGGGGGAAAACACAACUGGCGGAGUCGAAACCGUUGCGACGGGGGAAGCGGAGGCAGCAGAUACGCGAAUGGGGGAGGUGAGCUCACGGGAGGAGGAGGCAGAAAUGUCGAGCAGCGAUUUUGUAACGGGGAUGAGUACAGCGGAGGUGGACGAGUCGGGUGACUUUCGGCGAGUUACGGUGGAGCUACAGUACUUCCAAUUGAAUUCCUCCAAGGACCUUGUUGCCACAGUUCAAGUCCUCCAGUCUCACGCUGAGCAGCAGCGGGAGGUGCAGCAGGCGCAAGCGGUUCUGCAGCUGCAGAACUACGCUGGACUGGGAACAGUAGUUCUAGAGGGUGUAGACGCUUCCCUUCCUCUCGUUGCCACCUCUUCCCCACCCCUCCUUCCUGAGGAGCAGCACAUGGAGAACUGCCGCAUGAUGGUGGAGCACUUCCCUGCCGGCGCGGAGCAACACAUGGAGAAUUAUAGAAUGAUGGUAGAACACUUCCCGGCUGGCGCUGUCUUGAUCUCACAUGCGGGCGAAGAGGGUGAGACCAUCCUCGUCAACAGCACUCUCGAGGCCAUGCUGGGCUGCGAAAAGGGCUCCAUUAACAGCGUCGACAAAUGGUUCACUACACUAUACGCGGAAAAAGCGCGCCGCGCGAGGCAGCUCCACGAGGCUCGGCGCGUGUCUGGGAGCAGCAAGGAUGUGACGAACACGGUGCAGCAGAUUAAGAAGAAGGACGGGUCGAAGCUGGUGGUGGAUGUGACGACGUAUCAGUUUGACCUGGGGGAAAUGUGGCUCGUGAAUGACAUCACCGAGAGCCGCAAGAACCAGUUCAAGUUCCGCAUGCUCUUCGAACUGUCCUCGGAUCCCAAGCUGCUGCUCAACCAGGAUGGGCGCGUGUUUGACUGCAACCAGUCCGCCAUCCGCAUUCUCAAGUGCGGCACCAAGGAAUCGCUCCUAGGCAAGACCCCCUGGGAACUCUGCCGUCCGCAACAGCCCUCAGGCCAGCGCUCCGCGUUCCUCAAGGCCGUCCUCGACGACCUCGCCGCCAGCAAUAACGUCCCCGCGCCCGCGGGCUCCGCGGGAGGAGUCCCGGGCGCGACGGUGCUGAGCGGCGCGUCCGCGGUGGGCGGGGAGAAGCGGUACCGAUUCGAUUGGCUGUUCGAGGACGAGGAGGGGCAGGACGUACCGGUGGAGGUGUUAUGUAAGAUGGUGAAUUUCUUUGGCGAGCCGGUGUAUCUGAUGGUGUGGCACGACAUGGCGGAGGCGCGGAAACAGGAGGCGGAGCUGCGGAGGGCGAAGGCGGAGGCGGAGAAGGCGAGCAAGGCGAAGACGCAGUUUUUGGCGAAUAUGAGCCACGAGAUCCGCACGCCCAUGAACGGAAUCAUUGGCGUCGCUGAUCUGAUGCUCGCGACGCAGCUCUCUCCGGAGCAGUGCUCGCUGCUCGAAACCCUAAGAUCGUCGUCCGAGGGCCUGCUACACAUUCUCUCCGACAUCCUCGAUUUAAGCAAGAUCGAGAACGAGAAGAUGGUCCUCGAUUUUAGCAACUGGCGGUUGCGGGAGAACGUGAGCAACUGUGUCGCGCUGUUCCACGGAUCCGCAACCGGGAAAAACAUCCGCAUUAAAGCGCGAGUCGAUAAGGACGUGCCUAUCGAGGUCUUCGGAGACUGCAUGCGCGUGCGUCAGGUGGUCACUAAUCUACUAAGCAACGCGAUUAAGUUCACGCCGGCCGGGGGACACGUGUCGGUGCGCGUCAGCCUCGUGGAUCCGCACGCUCCGGGCCGUGGAAAGCGGCGGGAGUCGUUCUCGAGUUUGGAGCCGCUAAGAGAAAACGCGGACAUGGAUAAAGUGGUGGUGCAGUUCGAAGUGAAAGACACGGGCAUCGGGAUUCCUCCCCAUGCUCAGAAGAACCUUUUCCAAGCCUUCAAUCAGGCUGACAACUCCACAUGUCGGAGGUUCGGAGGAACAGGCCUUGGCUUGGCUAUUUGCAGGGCGCUUGUCAACCUCAUGGGUGGCGAAAUCAACCUUACAAGCGAAGAAGGAAAGGGCUCUUCGUUCACCUUUACAGUGUGCCUUGGGGUCACAGAAGCCGCUCCAAGUGACGUGGAGAGCGCAGGGGAGGAAAGCAUUGGCGAUGAGGAGAGCGAGGAAGAGGAGGAGGAGGAGGAGGGAGAGGAAGACGAGUACGAGGAGGGCGAGGAAGAGGAGUGGGAUGAGCUGGGCGAGGAGGACGAAGGAGGGGUAGAGGAUGAUAUGAACAUGGAAGGAGAGGGCAACAUGCCUGAGAGUCAAACGGACGACGAGGAGGAGCAUUGGGCGAGGCACUUGGUUCGGGCAGCAACCGAGAUUGCCAUUGGCCGGUCCCGAAAUUCUCGUGCCCAAUCUCUCGUAAAUGCCGGAAAAGGAGGAGGUUCGGGGCAUGGGGGGCACGGCUGUCACAAGAAGGUUUUCACGGACGAGCUGCCCGAGAAGCUGCCCGAGUGUGUGAAGACGUGGAAGGUUUUGGUUGCGGAGGACAACACGGUGAACCAGAUGGUGGUGACCCGCAUGUUGAAGAACCUUGGGAUUGCCACGGAGGUGGCAGAGAAUGGGCUGAAGGCGCUCCACGCGUGCGAGAACAACCACUACGAUUUCAUCCUCAUGGACUGUCACAUGCCGGAGAUGGAUGGGCUGGAGGCCACAAGGCAGAUCCGUAAUGCGGAGCAGCUGCUGCCAAGCCGGCCGCCCAAGUUCAUCGCAGCGCUCACUGCCAGCGCGUUCGACUUCGAGAGAGAGGCGUGCUUUGCUGCUGGCAUGAACCACUUUCUGACCAAGCCGAUUCGGCCGAAGGAUUUGGAGGACCUUGUGAUGAAGCUGGUGGAGAUGCGCAAGUGA